AUGCGUAGUUUUCUUAAGGGUCGCAUGCUCAGGCAUUAUUGUACUGGUGCAAUGACUAUUCCUGUCAAGGGAGCAAGUGAAGGAGAUAUUGUUUUUCUUAGUUGCAUGAUUGAAUGGGAUAGUCAUAACCACAUGAUCCCCACAUGGAUUCGGAACACUUCUAUUCCCUCUAUUUCCAAUCUGAUGGGGAGCUUUGAUGAUGCAAAAUCUGCAUGGGAUAUGUUGGCCAAAAGCUUCACUUAUUUGGGACCAAUUGACCUUUCUGAUCCAACUUGGACAUGCUCAAAAGAUGUUCAGCAAUAUGCUUCCAUUAGAGAUGAAUUUCGCCUCUAUGAAUUCUUGAUGUCACUUCACAAGGACUUUAAGCCCAUUCGUGGUCAGCUACUCAAUCGCAGUUCUGCUCCCUCUCUUGAUACUGCUGUAAAUGAGUUGGUUAGAGAAGAAGCUCGUCUUGCAACCCUUCAAGCCCAGAAUAAGCUCAAUACCAACAAAAAGUUCUGCAACUAUUGCAAGCGUCCUGGCCACACCAUUGAGACUUGUUACCGUCGUAACAAAUCUACUACUGCUGUUGCUAAUAUUGAGCCUACUCCGCCCAUGGCUUCCACCUCAGCUGAGUCCAAGUCUUCUGGAUCUACUAUCAACCUCUCUUCCACUGAACUACAGUAG